AGAGGAUCCGGACACCGGACCCAACCGCACUUGAGUCUUGAAAGGUUCUCCUCUCUCCAGCAAGACUUCAAGAACAAACAACACACGCGCAGAAGCUUUUUAAGCUUCGGUUUCUCAGUCUCUCUCAACGAUGCGAACGAUAUUAAUCUGAUCAGAACUAUCGAUUUGAUUUGAGCUCUUCUUUCUACUGAUUUUCUAUCUGUGAUGUAUCUACUAAACUGGAGCAUGAUUUCCAUUUGAGAAAGCUGGGUAUUCAUUACAAUGUCAAUGGCAAGUUCUUUAAGGAAAUUAGUGUCAUGUGUCAUUCUUGAUCUGGACGGUACACUUCUCAACACAGAUGGCAUAGUGAGUGAAGUUUUAAAGCUUUACUUGGUUAAAUACGGGAAGCAAUGGGAUGGGAGAGAAGCUCAUAAAACAGUAGGAAAGUCACCAUUGGAAGCUUCAGCAGUGAUUGUGGAAGACUACGGGCUUCCCAUAUCAAUCAAUGAAUUUGUUUCAGAAAUUACUCCAUUGUUCAAUGAUCAAUGGCACAAUAUCAGAGCUCUUCCGGGUGCAAACAGGUUAAUCAACCAUUUGAGGGGCCAUAAUGUGCGAAUGGCAUUGGCUUCAAAUUCUUCUAGGGAAAUCAUUGAAAGCAAAAUCUCUUGUCAAACAGGAUGGAAAGAAUCCUUCUCUGUUAUUAUCGGCGGUGAUGAAGUGACAGCAGGAAAGCCAUCUCCAGAACUAUUCCUUGAAGCAGCUAAAAGGCUUAAUAUUGAUCCACCCAAGUGCCUAGUCAUUGAAGACUCCAUACCAGGUGUAACGGCCGGUAAGGCUGCUGGAAUGGAAGUCGUCGCUGUUCCAUCUCUUCCGAAACAAUCCCAUGUGUACACUUCAGCAGAUGAGGUGAUCAACUCUCUUCUUGAUUUGCGGCCAGAAAAAUGGGGCCUUCCACCAUUUGAAGAUUGGGUAGAGGGUACCUUACCAAUAGAACCUUGGUAUAUUGGUGGUCCUGUUAUUAAAGGAUUUGGUCGCGGCUCAAAGGUGCUUGGAAUCCCUACAGCUAAUUUAUCAACUGAGGGCUAUUCAACUGUCCUUUUGGAACAACCCUCUGGGGUUUAUUUUGGUUGGGCUGCGUUAUCAACACGAGGCAUUUACAAGAUGGUUAUGAGUAUUGGUUGGAAUCCGUACUUUAACAACCCAGAGAAGACCAUAGAGCCAUGGUUGCUUCAUGACUUUGAUGAUGAUUUCUAUGGCGAGGAUUUGCGUCUUGCUAUUGUUGGGUAUAUACGACCUGAGGCCAAUUUCCCUUCACUAGAGAGCUUGAUAGAGAAGAUUUACGAAGACCGGAGAAUUGCAGAGACAGCGCUUGAACUUCCACUGUAUUCCAAAUGUAGGGAAGACCCAUAUUUGAAAAGCUCUCUGAAUGGGGAUAACAGUCAUCUAUAGCUUCUGCAAUACUAGACUUUCGAUCUUUUUUGUAAAGUUCUCACUUGAAGUACGGAAAGUAUAUGAGUACAUACAAAUAGGUAUAUACGCGUUUUGGACCCAUAUUGGGUCCCCAAAAAAUGAUCCGAGCUGCUCAUUUUAUUCAAAAUGGUUUGUUUAAGGUACCUGUAAGAAAUAAACUCAAUGAAAUAAACUCAAUCCGAUAUCGGUAAAAUGUUUACAGAAUAUACAACUUUGCUUCAUAAUCCAAACCUAGAUUAUGAAAAAAAAAGUUAGAUGUCUCAUAAAUGUCGUUACUGAUUUUGAAUUGAGUUUAUUUUUUAUAGGGCCCUUAAACAAACUAUUUCGAACAAAAUGAGCGGCUCGGAUCAAUUUUUAGGAACCCAAAACUGGUCCAAAAUAUGUAUGUACAUAUUUGUAUGUACCUAUAGCAAAGCUGCUUGAACUUGAAGUAUAAGUGAUUGAGAUUCUUCUGAGUCUCAUAACAUUAUGCCACUCCAUGAUAUCGUUAAUGAUCAUACAUCUGUGCUGAGAAGUUGAAGUUGUGACUAGAUAUUGAAACGAAAAAGUUCACAAAUGAUUCAAAACAUUGCUUGGUACGAUUGUUCAGAAGUUUA